UGGCGGGUGGGUGGCGCUGUAGGGCUUGUGUGAACGAAACAAAGUGAAAGGGGAGGAGCGGCAUCGGGAGAAAAGUGGCCACACGGUGUGCCAGCCCGUCCAAGCAGUCGCUUACAUCUCAGAUCCGCCACCGCGCAGGGAGCACACAGCAAGACGCGCCUGCCAAGUCCUGUCCACUCUACUUGGUGACGUGCAGAGCGGUGCACAGACAGGCCACUUACCGACCACCCCACAGCCGCUGCCGGUGCACUCUGUUGUUCCUUUUGCUGUAAAAUGCAACAGCAGUCUUUGCGGGAUAAAGACAGCAUUCAUACAUAAGCAGCGUCGUAGCGAAACAAGGACAAACGCCGGGGGACAGGAGCAGCGAGCGGCCGGGGAGGUGUAGACGGCAAUACUCAAAAGAUCUAAUUUGUCUGUGAUGAGCAUCCCCAUUCACCAGAGACCAAAGGUACGGCCUGCCCCCGUUGUUCCCUCUAAGAGGAAGUGAUGUCACGCCACCACCACCGCUUUGAGAGGGACUACCGGGGACCCUGGGAGCGGAGAGACAUCCGUCCUUCUGGCCUCCACAAUGGAGGAGCCAAUCAUAGCUGUGCCUCUGCUGUUGUCAAUGGCAACAACCGUCCGGGUCUCCUACCCCUCCCAGUGAUCCCCUCCCUCCUCCCCACCCCAGUUACAGUUGCCGUGACAACAUCGAGCGGCGACAUAGCGGUCAAGCGAGGCAUCACGGCAGCAGGAUCAGUGGCUCCUGCGUCAGCCAAGGUCUCUGGUCUGUCUCCUGGAGACAGCCAGACCCCAGGACUGCUGCUGGCUCCAGGGGUGAGAUGGGGACAGACGCCCAUCAACCAGCUCACACCCUGGGACACAGAUGAGCCCCCUGCCAAGCAACAUCGAGACAGCGACCCUACCGGCCCGGCCUGGGCUACACCAGUAGCAGCAGUGAGCCAGCCCAGCCUCCUGCCCCACACUUACGCCCUUCCCCAGCCGCCCUCCUACAGCCACAGCGUGACUGCACAGUCACCCAUCAUAGGAGUAACCCCAUCCAUCCAGACACCAGUACCCCAACAACACCCUCUCAUGACCGCCCACUUCCAGCUGACGCCGCAGUCGACCCAGCAGCCACCCUCCAUGGUGCUGAGCAUGCCCAGCCAGCCUCCGUACCCCUCUGCUCAGCCCACCGUUGCACCGUCCGCCCUCACUGCCCAAGCCAACCAGGUGGUUCAUCCAAACCCUCACAGCGUGAUGGGCAAUGGCCACUUAACCUCUCACCCAGGCCUCAUUCAGCCCCCCGCCCUGCCUCUGACCAAUGGACAGGCAGCAGCGGCAGCAGCAGCAGCAGCAGCAGCGCAGCACACAGUUUCAGACAAUCAGGAUGGUCCUAAUGGGCUGCAAAUGCUGCGGACAGUUGGGAUGGGGAAGUACGAGUUCAGUGACCCAGGACAUCCUAAAGAGAUGUUGAAGGAGUUGAACCAACAGCGCAGAGCGAAAGAGUUUACAGACCUGAAAAUUAUUGUUGAAGGCAAAGAGUUUGAAGUCCACCAAAAUGUUCUAGCUUCCUGCAGCUUGUAUUUCAAGGACCUGGUGAAAAGGUCAUCAGGAGAGACGCGGAGCGGGGAGGUGCUGGAGCUGAACAUGAGUAACAUCAGUGCUGAUGUGCUGGAGCUGCUGCUCGAGUUCGUCUACACGGGAUCGCUGGUCAUCGACUCGGCCAAUGCCAAGACACUGCUGGAGGCCGCCAACAAGUUCCAGUUCAACACCUUCUGUAAAGUCUGUGUCUCCUUUCUAGAGAAACAGUUGACUGCAGCUAACUGUCUGGGAGUGCUGGCUAUGGCCGAAGCCAUGAGUUGCACGGAACUCCAUAACAUGGCCAAAGCUUUUGCGCUGCAAAACUUCCCCGAGGUGGCAGGGCAAGAAGAGAUUUUGAGUGUGUCCAAGGAGGAUCUGGUAGCCUACUUGUCCAACGACAGUCUCAACACCAAGGCUGAGGAGCUGGUCUAUGAGACGGUCAUCAAAUGGAUAAAACAAGACUCCAACUCCAGAGUUCAGAAUCUGUCGGAGCUGCUGGCAGUAGUGCGUCUCCCCUUCAUCCACCCAUCCUACCUGCUGAACGUGGUGGACAACGAGGAGCUGAUCAAGUCGUCGGAGGCGUGUCGCGAUCUGGUCAACGAGGCCAAGCGAUAUCACAUGCUGCCCCACGCACGACAAGAGAUGCAGACAACCAGGACCCGACCGAGGCUCUCUGCUGGUGUAGCGGAGGUGAUAGUUCUGGUGGGAGGGCGUCAGGCAAUCGGGAUGAACCAGCGCUCCCUGACAGCGGUCACCUGUUUUAACCCCCAGAACAGUAAGUGGUACCCGCUGGCCAGCCUGCCCUUCUACGACCGCGAGUUCUUCAGUGUCAUCUCGGCAGGAGACAACAUCUACCUGUCAGGUGGCACAGAGUCCGGUGUGAUGGUGGCUGAUGUAUGGUGUUACAUGUCCCUGUUGGACAACUGGAAUCUGGUGUCCCGGAUGACGGUGGCUCGCUGCAGACACAACAGCCUGGUGUACGACGGAAAACUCUACACCAUCGGAGGACUGGGUGUAUCAGGGAAUUUGGACCACGUGGAAAGGUAUGACACUAUCACCAACCAGUGGGAGACGGUUUCUCCUCUUCCAAAGCCGGUCCAUUCUGCGGCAGCCACAGUGUGCGGAGGGAAGGUCUACGUGUUCGGAGGUGUGAACGAGGCCGGGCGCUCGGCAGGUGUCCUUCAGUCUUAUGUACCGCAGAGCAACACCUGGAGCUUCAUUGAAUCACCCAUGAUAGAUAACAAAUACGCCCCUGCAGUGAGUCUAAACGGUUUUAUAUUCAUCCUGGGAGGAGCCUACGCUCGAGCCACCACUAUCUAUGACCCAGACAAAGGCAACAUCAAGGCUGGUCCCAACAUGAAUCACUCUCGGCAGUUCUGCAGCGCUGUUAUCCUGGACGGGAAGAUCUACGCCACAGGAGGCAUUGUGAGCAGUGAGGGUCCAGCUCUCGGCAACAUGGAGACCUUCGACCCUUGCUCCAACACUUGGACUCUCCUUCAGUCACUGCCCUGCCCGCUCUUCAGACACGGCUGUGUGGUCAUCAAGAAGUACAUUCAGAGCGGCUGAGGGUGGCCGAUCACAACGGGUCGACACCAAACACCAGCUGAGCUCCAGGUUGUGGGACGACGUGAGAUGGCAGCUUAGGGCCAGGCCGGUCGAUCAGCGACCUCUGGACUUGACGCCAGCAUCCAUCCACCCUGUAACCCGUCCCACCCCCUCAAAAAAAAAAAAAAAAAAAAAGAAAAGAAAAAGCCCUGUGCAGAAUGUACUCAUGUUCAACUACUCAGCCAUGUCAGGUGACGAUGCCUAACCUCCAGUACUGUAUGUGUCAUGGUAGUAGUUCAUCCUCUCAUCCAACAGGCACAGGGACCCUCUUAGUAAAUUACAGCCUCCUUGGUUUUCAGUAAAGUCAUCAUUGUUUCAGUUCUGUCUUUUCCAGAUCUCUGUGAACUCACCACCUCUCUUAUUCUUUAUGAUACUCUGACUCAGUGCAGUGAAAGCCAUUGCAGAUCCAGAGUGUUGUCCCUAGUUGAGAAUUAUGUUUGACAGGUGUAGGUUUCAUAGUCAUUUAUUAGAGUAGUUUCUUUUUGGUAUUUAAGCAUUUUCAGUCCAUGACAUCUACAGGGCAGGAGGAAUAGAGAAAGAAAAAGGAAUGCACAGGAACUGUUUUACUCUUUAUCAGUUUCUUCUCUCUCCUCUGUAUCAGGAAUUGAAAUUCCUACUGUGAGUUUGGAUUUAUGAGGUAAUUUUAAAAACAGAUUUUGAACUCUGUGUUACCUGGUUCCUUUAAUGACUUACUAAACAUAGGAAAAACCAUUAAAUCUGGGUCACAUAGGGAUUAAAGAGAGGAAAUCUUUUUUCUUUUUUCUUUGUUCUUGCGCAAAUUUCCAGUCUGAUUGCGAUAUCAUCUGAAGGGUGAGUGGAUUUUCUUUUCUCCCCUUCCGAUUCAUAAUCUCCUGGUCUCUGGGACAAAGACGGCAUUGCAUUUAGAGAGAGAGGGAAUUCCUCCUUCUACUGACAUCUGAUCAGAUGCUCAAGUUUGGACAGUUCCUCCGGAAAAAAAAGCACAAUAACCACCUGUGACUGUUAUCAUAGAAGUUAUCUGUUGAUCCAUAUUUUGUGUCUUACAUCAGUUUCCCCCGCACCGCUUUGUUUUAUACAAAUGUUUCAUUGCAACCCACAAAAUGAUGUAGGGUUGUUAUUCUGUAAAUACAGGAAGGAAAUAUGUAUAUUUUAAAACCUGAAGGCAAUUCUGUAUAAAUGUUUUUAGAAAAAAAAAAAAUCAUAGGUUGGAUUCAAAAUGGUAUGUCUGUAAAUCUGUACCCAAAAAGGAGAAAUUAACAGUUGUUAUUAUUGAAACCUAAUACAUAUACCAGAACAUGAACACAGUGUGGAGUCUUUUUUGUAUACCAUCUAAUAAAUAAAGAAAAUGGUAAAGACAUGAGCUCUAGUGAAGGUAAGUAUCUUGUUCACAUCUCAAACUACUUGAAGUGUCACUUUAAAAAGCUGAUGUGACGAAAUGGUUUCCCAAAUUUGCUUUCACACUCUCCUUUUCCACAGAUCAUCUAAAACUACAGGUGUGAAUUUCACAUCCGUCUUACAGUAAGAAAAAUCACUUACAAAGCACUUGAAAUUUACAGUUUGAACCUUUUUAUUUCAAGUAUAUCACAGCAGUUUAUUUGAGAAAUACAGUAAAUGUUUCAUUUCAAAUAUAACUUACACUAACGUAACAAUUGUGAACAGGUGUGUUAAAAUACACAAACGAACAGAAGUGACAAAGCUAUGGAAAGUCUCGACUAAAUUAAUAGUGAAAAAUAGGGAAGAACAAAGUAAUUCAGGAUAGAACAAACCCUUUCCUUCUGCAUACUGGACUAAGUAGUCUCAACUACCAGACAAAAAUUGGUUGUUAGUCCAAACUGGCUACAAUUUAUAAUAAGAAAGGAAUAUCACAAUGUAUGACAUUUAACUACCCAUAUUUUAUUUCCAUAUGCGUUUUUAAAUCCAUAAAAAAUAACUCUUUUGGCAGAAAGUGGAGACAAAGUGAAAAACAUUAAAAAGGUUAGUCUGGUCCUGUUUCUCUUCCUGGGAUGUUUGUUUUCUUUUAAAUAUCACUUCCUUCCCAAUGUUAGUCUCUUCCAGUAUGCCACAGUCUGUAACCACUUGAACGAAGAAAACACCAGAACAAUGAAAUAAAUAGAAAAGUUGAAAGGGCAUGUUGUCGCGUGUUGAACCUGAGAGACCUGUAAACCCUUUAUUCCCCCGUACACGCCAAAUAAACCUGCUACACAAACGCUACGCAAAUUCAGCAAAAUUAUUCAAAACGGACGUGUGACGCUCACCGAUUUGUUAGAUUUCAAACGUACAAAAAGACAAUUUACUGAAUAUUAGGUGUAAAACAUGUUUAAUAAUAAAUAAUCAGAAUCAUGAGAUGAAAAUCUGCAAAAAAAACAAACAAAUAAUAAUAAUAAUAAAAAAAAAGGCGUGUGUAAAGAGGCAGAAAAUGCUCUCUAUAGCUUCUAACAAGGUAUGGGGUGAUAAUAUGAAAGAGGAGCAGAUCUAGGAUUAUCUCCUCAGUGUCAAGGUACAGUAGAAAUUAACCUGAAACUAAAGCAUAAAAUAUACAAUUCAUGAAAUAUCUUUAAAAUGUAUGCAAUCAUCAUCUGGCUCAAAUGCAAACAUACAUAACAAUCAGAGAGAUAUAAACAACUCUUGGAUUACUGCAGCAGCCGUGGUUGCACUGACCUGGUACCUUAGAUGGUACUGUAGAUGUUGCAACAGUAUUUCAGGGAGAGAAAAAUACUGCGUUUGUACCCAGUAAACAGUUUUCGCAUUAAAAUAAAUUAAGCUGAGGUAGCGUUGGUUUUUCUCUCUGCAGUAGUCCAAGUGCUAACCUGUCAUUGCCAGUUUGCAUAUGGUCUUUGCUUUUGUCACCUAGAAUUUGAGAAAAAGGCAGAGGUGAGCUGGGGUCAGAGUUGCACCAAGAGGUUUGAGGAUUGGACAAGAGUGCUUUGAGAGAAAGAAGGGGCCUUCUCCAGUCUACACCUGCUCAAAAUAUGGCAUCUCUCCAAACCGUGAAAAUGCCAUGAAAACCUUAUAAAGCUUCAGUAAACACCUUCAUUUACUGCAGUCAAAAAACAUAUAUCAUGUUGCCCACAGAUUAGAGUCCAGCUUCUCUCGCCUGGUGUUGAGAAUAACAGAAAGAAAUAAACCCACAGAGUCGGUACACACAUUUAAAAUGAGAAAAAAAAAAGAAAUCAUGUAAUGCUUUAUACACCUUUGUGACGGGCACUGCCUAGAAUGGCCUUGUUCGUUAUGGAUUGACAACCCAUGCAAAAACAAGAAACUCAAGCAAAGCAUCGUAUAAAAAAAAAAAAUGUAAAAAAUAAUUAUCAAAUACACAACAUAAUACAUAGGUUGUUAUUACCAUCUAAUAGAACAUUUUCAUAGUUGAAACAGAGUUCGUGUGAACAGGCACCAUUAUGUCAGCACCUUUUGAGGGAGUGGGAGAACACUUGGCACAAUAAAUCGUUUUUGAGUCACAUCAUUAUGUUUUGCAUAUGAAAAACUGAAGAAAAGCUGGUGUCGUCAACCUCUUCUUACACCUGCUGUCUGCUCAGGUGGAGACUGACCUCCCCAUCAGGUCGGCGUUUAACAGGGCAUGAAUACAUUUAAAUAGCAUUAAAAAAAAAAAACUUAAAAAAAAAACAUUUCAAGUGCUUGGGACAUAUCUGCCCUUGAGAAACUGACAGACAUAGUAGGUAGGUAUUAAAUUCCUUUCGUAUUCCUCAGAUUUUUCAAAUGUUAAUUACUUUUUAUCUUGGCCAAGGUUGGAGAUGUAUAAGAGAGAUAUGUUUUGAAACGACCUAAAUGGCAUUGAGAUAUCUUUUUUUUUUUGCUUCAAGGUCACUGGGACCUCAGUGGUUAGGACCCACCCCAACAUGGGAGCCUGUUCAUUGUCACGAGAAGUAAAUAAAAAAAUCCUGCUCAAUAUAUCAGAGUUUCGUAUGAGGUUUUCAAAUAAGGCACACACUAGGCAGUGCAAACUCUAGACGCAUUCCAAUUUGUACUGCUUCCAGUUCCUCGGCCGGGGGUGUCGGUAGGAAAAUCAACUGACGGGCACAGCUUGAGCAAGGAGGGAAAACAUUCAGGCUGUGAAUGCAGUGAGGGAGGGGGGCUCAGCUACCACAAAACUAUUCAGGACAUAACAAGACUGCGAAUGAGUGAAUGUUCCCAGUGAGGUGGAUGUAUAGUUGACAUACAGGUGGCGCUAUGCUUGUUCCUCAGUAACUCUGAGACGAGCACUGCGCGGGCAUUUUCACACCAUGACCGCUGUGAUGAAGAGGACAUAAUGGGUUCUAGUUCUGAUGUGCUGACCUCAACUAGUUUGUAAUCCAACUAGAACUUCUUUGUAAACUAUUGUCUGGGGGUGAGUGUCCUUGACGGUGGCUCAGAUAUUAAACUAAUCAAGUAGGUAAAAUAGCAAAAAAAAAAAAAAAAAA